GUCCGAAUAGAGACGGGGAAACGUAACGGCUGAGGAAUGUUGACAUGUGUCUUGAAAGCCUCCUAUAUCUGAUACCCAACCCAGUCUCCUUGCAGCAGAGGGCGUGUGGGCAGAGGUACAUGUAUCCUCUGCUUCUGGUCUUUCGUCUCUGUAAAAUGGGCGGCGCAUUGAGCUCGUCUCUCUGUCCAUCACUUUCGAUUUUCCCCAGUGAGAUACCAAGAUGAAGGUGGCGCUGCAGUUGCUUGUGAGCUGUGCGGCUGUAGUGACGUCGACGGUGUCUGGCGCCCAGCACGAAGACGCGUUGAUCAAGGAGCUGCCGGGUCUGACCCGGGAGCUGUCGUUCAAGCACUACGCCGGCCACCUGGAGCUCGAGGAGAAGGAGAAGCUCUUUUACUGGUACACCGAGAGCCAAAGCGACCCGGAGAACGAUCCGAUCGUGCUGUGGCUCAACGGCGGCCCCGGUUGCUCGUCGCUGGGCGGACUAUUCACCGAGAACGGACCGUUCGUCGUACGCGACGACCUGAGCAUCAAGGUGAACCGCUACUCGUGGAACCGCAAGGCCAACAUGGUGUGGCUCGAAUCCCCCGCCGGUGUGGGCUUCAGUGGCGACGUCCAAGGCCCCAACUACUACAACGACGACAUCGUCGCGGCCAAGACCCGCGAGUUCCUCAGUCUCUUCUUCAAAAAGUUCAGCGAACUCAAGAACCGCGAGUUCUACAUUACCGGCGAGAGCUACGCUGGAAUGUACAUCCCCUAUCUGGUGGACCGAUUGGUGGAGGAGCCGAUCGAAGGCGUCAACCUCAAAGGUUUUGCCAUUGGCAAUCCGUUCACCGACAAUAUCAUUGAUGGCAAUGCCUACAUUGACUACUACUACUCGCACGCAAUGGUGUCGCUGGAAGCCUAUGAGAAGAUAAAGGUGCAGUGCGGUGCGCACAUCGGCUGCCUCUUCGACGACACGCCGUGUCCCUCUGGUUGUGAGGCGUUGCUGGAGGAGGCCGAGGUUGGAGCCGGUGGACUGGACCCCUACUUCAUUUACGGUGACAUCUGCCUAAUGGACAAUUCGCAGGCCAAGGCUCUGCGUAAGAGAGCAAAGCCGUCCGUACAGAUCUCACCCACGCACCGUGGUGACAUUGGCGCUUGCGCUGAUACCCUCACCCACAUCUACCUGAACCUUCCAGAAGUGCAACGUGCCAUCCACGUGACUAAAAGUACGGGUGGUAAGCAUGUUCUGUGGAAGGGAUGCAGUGACCCCGUUGGUGAUCUGUACACGUCUAGUCCGUCGUCUUUGCCUAAGUACCACAACAUCCUUGGCCGCAACCUUAAGGCUCUUAUCUACAGUGGUGAUGCUGACUCGGUCGUGAACUUCAUCGGCACUGAGCGCUGGCUCGGUGGUCAGGGGCUCAAGCUGCAGAUCACGCAGAAGUGGCGCGCGUGGUUCGGCCCCGACCAGCAAUUGGCUGGUUACGUGCAGAAGUAUGAGGGCCUGACGUUCAAGACCGUCAAGGGUGCUGGUCACAUGGUGCCUGCUGUGCGUCCGCUGCACGGUCUCAACCUCUUCGAGUGCUUCGUGUACGGUCAGGAUGCCUGCAACAAGUUCGUGUACCCGGUGGACGACAACGAGAUCGAGGCUGGUAUGACGGUCGUUCAGCAGGCAGCGCAUGCGAAGAUGGACUCUGAAAGCGCUCUCAAGACCGCAAACGGCAACGUCAUUUCGGUGGGGUCUGGCUCGUCGGCGAUCUGGCUGAUCUUGCCAGUCGUGUGUGGUGUGCUUGUGGCGGCCGCGGCCGUUGGCAUCCGCAACGGUAAGAAGCGUGCGCGCUAUCAGCGUCUGUACUCGAGCGGCUACCAGACCGUGGUUUAAAAGUAGAUAGAGCUAUAGAUAUGGCGAGUUGGAGGGCAGGAGGAGUAUCUGUAUUUGUCAUUUUGAGAAAGGUACUUGUAGCUAAGCAAGGACAUUGAAGAAAGAUAUGCGUUUUCACUGGAAACUUUUCAGCUGGAAAAGGAAAGAAAGGUGUUUCUUGCGAGUAUGUAGUACCUAGUAGAGAAGG